AUGGAAGAGAUAAUUGAAUGGGUUGAUCAACAUCCAAAUUAUAAGUUUAACAGUAUUAAACAUAGAUUUCAAAAAGUCAAACAUCCCUAUUUUAUUCCAAGAUUUCGAGAAUAUGUUAAAAAGAAUGGCACAAGAUUUGAAAAGCUCGAAAAAAUCAAGCAAUUUAUGUGGGAUGAAUUUUAUAUCAACCGAGCUAUUGAAAAAGAAGCUGUUCAUGAUACUGAUUUAGAACUGUUUGCAAUUCAAAAAGCACGAGAAUUAAAAUGA